UCCUAUAUUUACACUUACCCGUUGCCAUGACAGCUGGGUAAGCCUUCGUCGAAAGCGACCAUUCUGUAUUUUGCCUCAGUUUUGCCAUGGAUCUCUGGAAACCAUUGCUUCUGAUGAUUUAUUAUGCUCAUGUCGUCGUAACGAAACACGUUAAGGGCAGUAUUUCCAGCAGUUCGGAUUGGGAAUAUAUAACCCGGUUUUGUUUCCUAUCAAAAGAAGGCGGGUUCAAGUUUUACUUCGAGUAUCCAGUAGAGUAUGGUAUUCAGAAUAUUCUGUUAUACUUCGACGAGCCGACACAGUGGCAGGCGGUUUACAAGACAGAUACUAAUUGUUUCCAGAAGGAAGCCGUGCUGAGACCGGAGAAUAACCAGGUGUUGACCUUGUCACCAGCUUAUACCUGGUCCGGCUGUAAGCUCGUCAACUCCUCGGCUACUGGCUGGCAAAACUGGUACCAGUGCGCCGGGGGACGGAAGUUUAAGUCUGCACGAGAAAGAUGGUGGUUUUUCGCUGUCAGUCACUGCGGAUUCAAGGAGGGACUCAGAUUAAACUACUCCUUGUGGAUGACAAAUGGCGAUGACUUCCUACAUAAGGAGUAUUCGGCUGACGAGUUUUAUAUCUUUCCCAAUCACCUCGCCUUCUUUUUGGCAUUUGUGGUAAUGCUGGGGUUUUCUCUGGCUAUUGCAGCUGCUCUGAAGCACAAGCAGAUGUUUCACUCUACUUACAAGCUGUAUUUGGUGUCGGUCAUGGUGAAGACCUUGUCCCUGCUGCUGUUAACCGUGGCCUGGGGGACUUAUGGAACAAAGGAACACGGUACUCCAUUUAACGGUCGCCUGUUUGGAGCCGCCAGUGAGGUGAUGUUCCUACUGUUGGUUGUACUUCUGGGGAAAGGUUACACCAUCACGGUCGGUCGUCUGUCCCCAGCCAGCGCCGUCAAACUCACCAUCUUCAUGACUGUCUACGUCGUUACCAGUGCCAUUCUGCUCUCCUGGGAAUUUGACCCUGGCCUUGUGUUGUACAUCUACGAGAGUCCCGCCGGCUACGGCCUGGUCGCUUUACGCUUCAUUGGCUGGCUGUGGUUCUGCUACUCUGUCUUCUUCACUCUCAAAAAUUACCCAGAGAAAAGGCUGUUCUAUUACCCCUUUGUCAUCUUUUACAGUCUAUGGUUUCUGGCCGGUCCAAUAGUUAUCCUUGUCUCUAUGCACGCUAUUGCAUUGUGGAUCCGGGAGAAGACGGUGGUAGCUGUAGAGAAUUUGGUGGCCUUCGCCGGAUACUUGUUUUUCCUGGUUCUAACCAGACCUCAAGCUGCUAACAAGAAUUUCCCCUACCAUGUGAAGACCACCCAGAUCGGAGCCAUGCCCACAGAAGACACAGCCUUCUCGCCUGUAUCACGACCUCUGUCACGACCGAAAAGUGGACAGCGGACAAGCACCGGCCUAACCCCACGACCCAUCACUGCGGGAGGGAUGACAGAGUUAUCUACCUUUGUAUAUGAUCGCUCCACGGACCACAACGUUCGAGGACCGGACUUCUCUAGCCUUUUCACCGUGUCUAGCCUGAAAGACAAACAGCCAGAAAAUCUCGGCACCACAGGCAACUCUGAAGUUCUCACUAACCUUCCCCCUCGACGCCUACCACCUCUGGAAACCCCUCCUAGGGCUCCCCAGGUCGUCAACGUCAAGGCCCCACCCAGCUACGACAGUCUCUUCCGGGCCACAUGAGCAUGAGCACAACACCGGCCACUUUUCAACAGUCGUGAUCGGAAGUUUAACGUCUUUUGUCAAAACCAUGUCACUGUUCUGAAGUUAUUCAUUAUUUGUCUGUAUAAGUAUGAUUCACGAAAGCUUUGGUACUGAUUGUUUUUAACUUGAAUUGCUCAUCUGCUGAAUUGGUGAAUGUGACACAAUGUGAACAGUACUUGUGACAGUCUACUUUAACGUGUCUUUUAUUUUGCUUUUUAUUUUUGUCUUGAUCUGUGGAAUAUCACUAUGGAAGAACGGCACAAGUCCAUAGAUGCAUUAAUAGCUUUAUGCUUGCUAAUAAAAAGUUGAGUGGAAUAGGUGAAAAUGACACCGUUUUCAAAAAAUGAUGUUUGAUUUAUAAAAGUCUUCAUGUCGUCAUAGUUACAUUUUACCUGCUUUUCUUAAUAACAGAGCCUUAUUACUUAACAGGCGGUGAUGUUUGAUUUACAUUUGCAGACGUGACAGAUCACAGUUAUUAUAUGUAUUAUUAUGGUGCUGUCUCAUCUACAUUGUUAUAUAUACAUAACCCAUGCAGGUACAUCGUCUCCGUGAAAAAAACCUCUUGUAUUGUUGACAAGUUUAUAUAAACCCCUAUACAAUUCGCAGUUAAGAUCGAGGAUAUUGCUCAUUCAAGAUUAAAUACCUGAAUUAUUGUUCGAGUGAGGGGUGGAAAUGGUUGUAUUGACGCCGAAAAAAAUAUUUAGUGUGUUCAGCCUUCAAUGUGCACUAUUGUAUGUGUUAUUUAUGUUUUGACAAUAUGUUGAUUUUGUUUAUUUGAACAAUUUAAGCAAUGUUUUCUUUAUUAUUUACAUAUAGAUGAAAUUUCAGGAUUUCCUUCACUGAUGGAAGUGUUAUUUCAAAUGUAAAUGUCACCUUUGUUAUUACAUUUUGAUAUUUCACACCCAAACAUCGAAAAAAGGAACAGUUUGUUUCAGUGUGAGCUCAGCGGGAUGAUGUAUGUAACCGACCACAUUAUAUGAUGACCUGUUCUCGUCGUGUAUAGGGUCUGUACAUAGUGCUUGGCAGCAUACACGCUGUGUGGUGUGUACCCUGCGUGAUGGUUUGCAUCGUGCAUGA